CCCCCCGCCUGCCCCUCGCCUCACGCCUGGCCCCCCUGCCCCGCCGUGACCCCCGGCCGCCUCCGGAGCCCGACGCGGAGGGCAUAGACUUCUCUUGUCUUGGUCGGAUGCACAAAAUCCGGGUGCAGUGCUUUCUGCCCGUUGCCUAGACGAUCACUUGGUUUCUCUGAGGAUGUCUGGUUCUCGUAAAGAGUUUGAUGUGAAGCAGAUUUUGAAAAUCAGAUGGAGGUGGUUUAGCCAUCAAGCAUCAUCUCAUUCUACAGUUGACAGCCAGCAGGGAGAAUUUUGGAAUCGAGGACAGACUGGCGCAAACGGUGGGAGAAAGUUUUUAGAUCCAUGUAGCCUCCAGUUGCCUUUGGCUUCAAUUGGUUACCGAAGGUCCAGCCAACUGGAUUUUCAGAAUUCACCUUCUUGGCCAAUGGCAUCCACCUCUGAAGUCCCUGCGUUUGAGUUCACAGCAGAAGAUUGUGGCGGUGCCCAUUGGCUGGAUAGACCAGAAGUGGAUGAUGGCACUAGUGAAGAAGAAAAUGAAUCUGAUUCCAGUUCGUGCAGAACAUGGAAUUCUGAACUAUGGUGUUGGAAUAAUAAUAAAUAUAGACCAGUCGUCUAUAAUCAUUUGUAUAACGGAGAGAGGGGCAUAUCUUUACAUAGGACUUCCAACAGUAGUCAGACGUUAUCGUCCUGCCAUACUAUGGAGCCAUGCUCAUCAGAUGAAUUUUUCCAAGCCCUUAAUCAUGCUGAGCAAACAUUUAAAAAGAUGGAAAACUAUUUGAGACAUAAACAGUUGUGUGAUGUAAUUCUAAUUGCUGGUGAUCGCAGAAUUCCAGCUCAUAGAUUGGUGCUCUCCUCUGUCUCAGAUUAUUUUGCUGCCAUGUUUACUAAUGAUGUCAGGGAAGCAAGACAAGAAGAAAUAAAAAUGGAAGGUGUUGAACCGAAUUCACUAUGGUCCUUGAUUCAGUAUGCAUAUACGGGCCGCCUUGAAUUAAAAGAAGAUAAUAUUGAGUGCCUGCUGUCUACAGCUUGCCUCCUUCAGCUUUCACAGGUUGUGGAAGCUUGCUGUAAGUUUUUAAUGAAGCAGCUUCACCCAUCCAACUGUCUUGGAAUCCGUUCUUUUGCCGAUGCCCAGGGUUGUACAGAUUUGCAUAAAGUGGCUCACAAUUACACCAUGGAACAUUUCAUGGAAGUAAUUCGAAACCAGGAAUUUGUAUUAUUACCAGCCAGUGAAAUCGCAAAGCUCUUGGCGAGUGAUGACAUGAACAUUCCUAACGAGGAGACAAUACUGAAUGCUCUUCUUACUUGGGUCCGUCAUGAUUUGGAACAGAGACGGAAAGAUCUCAGUAAACUUCUGGCUUAUAUUAGGCUACCUCUUCUCGCACCGCAGUUCCUGGCAGACAUGGAAAAUAAUGCACUUUUUCGGGAUGAUAUAGAAUGUCAGAAACUUAUUAUGGAAGCGAUGAAAUACCAUUUAUUACCAGAGAGACGACCCAUGUUACAAAGCCCUCGGACAAAACCUAGAAAGUCAACAGUUGGAACGUUAUUUGCAGUUGGAGGAAUGGAUUCAACAAAAGGAGCAACAAGCAUUGAGAAGUAUGAUCUUCGUACAAAUAUGUGGACUCCUGUAGCAAAUAUGAAUGGGAGGAGGCUACAGUUUGGUGUCGCUGUGUUAGAUGACAAACUGUACGUGGUUGGAGGAAGAGAUGGACUGAAGACUUUGAACACUGUGGAAUGCUACAAUCCCAAAACAAAAACGUGGAGUGUGAUGCCUCCUAUGUCCACCCACAGGCAUGGCCUUGGUGUGGCUGUAUUGGAAGGUCCCAUGUAUGCCGUAGGCGGACAUGAUGGCUGGAGCUAUCUGAACACAGUGGAAAGAUGGGAUCCUCAGGCUCGCCAGUGGAAUUUCGUUGCCACUAUGUCCACCCCCAGGAGCACAGUAGGUGUGGCAGUACUAAGUGGAAAACUUUAUGCAGUUGGUGGUCGUGAUGGAAGUUCUUGCCUCAAAUCAGUAGAAUGUUUUGAUCCUCACACUAAUAAAUGGACACUCUGUGCACAAAUGUCAAAAAGGAGAGGGGGAGUAGGAGUAACUACGUGGAAUGGAUUGCUGUAUGCAAUUGGAGGACACGAUGCCCCUGCAUCCAACUUGACUUCCAGACUCUCAGACUGUGUGGAGAGAUAUGAUCCCAAAACAGAUAUGUGGACUGCAGUGGCAUCUAUGAGCAUCAGCAGAGACGCAGUGGGAGUCUGUUUACUUGGUGAUAAAUUAUAUGCUGUUGGAGGGUAUGAUGGACAGACUUACCUUAAUACAGUGGAGGCUUAUGAUCCCCAGACAAAUGAGUGGACCCAGGUUGCUCCACUAUGCCUAGGAAGAGCUGGGGCUUGCGUUGUAACGGUCAAACUAUAAUACAGUGCUUUGUUUUCUAAAUGAAGAUAUCGUCUUCCUCACGAAUUUACUAAAAUUAUUCUCCUACCAAGGGAUACAUUUUUAGCCAAUUUGCAAUGCCACAUUCCUGGGCACAGAGUGCCCAAUCUCAAAGCGAAGACGGUCAAAUAAGGUAGCAACAAGGGGAAGACCCGGGAUUGAAUCCUGCAUUUCUCCGUUAAGUCAUUUCUCAGUAAAUCAAAACUACAACUGGGGGACUGACACCACGUGUGAGGACAAAUCUGCCGCUCUCAAGCAGAAGCCUAUGCAGGCUGGGGAUGUCAUUUAUUAAUAAUCAAUCACAUUUUACUAACAUUACCCAGAUUUCUUUUACUACAGUGCACAUACACCAGAGAACACUUUGAAAGUUUGCUUUGUAACUUUAUCAUACGUUGGUUGCAGUAAUUUUUAUCCGUUUGUUUAACCACAACUGCUGCUUUCAUGACCUACUAAACACUAUGCUAAUCUUCAGUUUUUUUCAGAAACAGCUGCAUUAUAUAGGCUUUGACUUGUGGACUUUUACUUCUCAAUUGGCUUAGUCUCAUGAAUAAAGAAAAACGAGAGUCAAAACAAUAAUGACCAAAUGCAAACGAAAUGAUCUUUGGGUUCUUUUAAAAUAGUCUUCCUGGUAUUGUUAGAUUCACUAACAAUACAGGCUAUGAUAUCCUCAAAUUGGAACUGAAAGAUGGUAUUUUGCAGUAAAUUGAAGAGAGGCACAUUUAUGUCAAGGAAAGAAAUGUCAUGUACCCUAACAUGUUCUUUCACCUAAGUCAUAAUUAUAUGGAUUUGUUUUCUUUUAUA